GAAGCGGGGCGACGCACAAACCCUGCCUCCUGCCCAUUGGCUGCGGGGCCAACCUCCGGUCCACAAAGCCUCCUCUAGCGCGGAGGCCGCCAUGGUGCGCUUCAAGCACAGGUACCUGCUCUGUGAAUUGGUGUCCGACGACCCGCGCUGCCGCCUGAGCCUGGACGACCGCAUGCUGGGCGGCCUGGUGCGGGAUGCGAUUGCCCGUGUGCAUGGGACCUUCGGCGCCGCCGCCUGCUCGGUGGGGUUUGCAGUUCGCUACCUCAAUGCCUAUACUGGAAUAGUGCUACUUAGAUGCCGAAAGGACUUCUACCAGCUUGUGUGGUCAGCUCUGCCUUUCAUCACGUAUUUGGAGAACAAAGGACACCGUUAUCCUUGUUUUUUCAACACAUUACACGUGGGAGGUACAAUUAGAACCUGUCAGAAGUUCCUGAUUCAGUACAACAGGAGACAGCUGCUCAUCUUGUUGCAGAACUGCACUGAUGAAGGAGAGCGAGAGGCUAUCAAGAAGUCUGUCUGUAGAAGCUGUUUGUUGGAGGAAGAGUCUGCUGAGGAGGAACUUUCAGACAGUGCUGGUGAGGAGUUUGCUGAAGCAGUGAACUGCUAGCCACAGAGCAGGCCACCCUGUGCCCUGGCCCACUUGUAGGAACAGGACGUUGCAAGAAGUGGCCACAGUAUCUUCCACAGCUCUCCAGACUGAGUAACCAUGCAGAGGCCAGGUGACCAGCUUGAAAUGAAGGAUUUGCUUAAAACAGGUGAAGCUGCCCUUACCUGCUGCCCUGGUGAAGUGGCUCUGCAGCUUGUGAAGGCUCUGUCCAGAUUUGUGUCUAAUUGCUUAGCUAAGAAGGUUGAAUAAAUAUAUUUGGCUUCCAUAAGCAAUUUAACAUACCCAAAUCACCAAAGGGCUUAGGGGUUCAUGCUUGGCUAAUUCUCCCCCUCUACAGUGCUGGCCUCGAUGAGAAGACUGGCUCCCUGUGUGGUACUAGAGGUACUACUCCACCUUUCACCCAAGUUCCUGUACCCCCCAGCUGCCAAGGCUGACUUCUAAGUGUAAGUCGCACAGAAGUACUAGUGAGCGGACAGCCAACUAAACUUGCAUAAAUAUAGAGCAGAUCUCAGUACUGCUGCAGAGUACUGCAAGUACCAGAUUCCCUAGCUGAGGCUUAGGUGUCUUGACAAGAACUGCAGCUUUCAGUUGGUCCACUGUGUACACAUGUGAUCCUCAGCACUUGGGAGGCUGGGGCAGGAGGGUAGAGCUCCAGACCAGCCUGGGCUACAUAGCAAGAUACAUUCUGAAAAAAACAAUGCAGCUUUUGUAAGGGAGGUAGGGGUGAUGUUACUUGGCCACACAGCUCUGAACUGCUACCCACUUCAGCUAACUUUCUGCAGUUCCCCUCUGCCUGUGGCCUACCCUGAAGCCAAGUGACAUCCCCACACUCACAGGAAUUAAGAGGGACAAGAUGCUUAUGAUCAGGAUUGGUCUGCUACCUCUUUUUUUUGUCACAGGAUCUUCCUGUACCUGACUGGCCUGGAACUAUGUCGACCAGGCUAGCCUUGAUCUCAGAGAUUCACCUGCCUGAGUGAUAGGAUUAAAGGCAUGUACCACUAUGCCUGGCUUCUAAUG